AUGCAGAAUCAAAGCGUAAAAGAAGAAAUCAAAAUGGGCUUAACAGACACAACAUCAAGCAAAGAAAAAGAAACAACGCAAAAACCCACCUAUUCGUCGUCACAACUUUUAAGUUUACCACAAGAAUUAUUCAUGGACAUUUGCGAAAAUUUACAUCCAAAAGAUUUAUACACGUUAUCCUUAGUUUGUAAACAGUUCAGGAUUAUAUUAUGGUCGAAUUCGACAAAUACACAACAAAUAUGGUGUAAUUCAAGAUCGAAAUUUUUAAAAUCAAAUAUAAAGCUACCCAAUAGUUUAACUGAACAAAAAUUUAUCUGGUUAGGAUUUUUAGGUCAUAAUUGUCAAUAUUGUGGUCAGGAUCUUGAAGAUAAUAAUCGUAGACGUUUUUGGGAAUUUAAAGUCUUGGUAUGCUCUAAAUGUGCUGAUGAAAAGUCCAUCUGUGAUAUCAAUUUCAGGAAUGAUCUUAAUUACUUGAUGAAUGCGACAUCACCAGGAUAUUAUGGAACCAAUCCGUAUUACUGGAAGAGUGAUGUGUCGCGUGUGGUAGAUGAAUAUAAUUCUCUGAGUGAAGACGAAAGAGAAGGUUGGAUCAAAAAUAAACAAGCCGAAUUGAGAGAUGAUAUUCAAGUCAUUGAAGCUUUGAGAACACAAGAAACCGAAAUUAAUCUUAAUAAAUUUCUAUGCAACAUUCUUUCUCGAUAA